GGCCAACACGUAUUGAGUAAAAUAUCUAUAUGUUGAAUUCCUAUCCAAAGUGAAAAUUUGCGGUUCUAUAAAAGUAUCAUUCAAGAGCUCAUUAAUCUUCAUCGAUCAAAGUCUUUAAUUUCAUCUAUAACUAACGAAAGAGUAACAAGUUUAUUUUAUAUUCGAAGAAGAAAAUGGAUUCUUACCAGAACCAAACCGGAGUGCCAAAGAAGGGGAUGACGGAGAAAAUCAUGGAGAAGCUACCAGGCCAUGAUGGUGCUACUAGCACCGGCGGUGUACACCCCGAGAAGAAAGGGAUGCCGGAGAAAGUUAUGGAGCAGCUACCAGGUAAUCAUGGAAUUCACCAGACUGGAACCAACACGGGCUAUGGUAACACUGGCGGUCUUCACCACGAGAAGGAAGGUAUGACGGAGAAAGUUAUGGAGCAGCUACCAGGUCAUCAGGGGUCACACCAAACUGGUACUAAUACUAAUGUCGUUCACCAUGAGGAAAAAGGUAUAGCUGAAAAACUUAAAGAGCAGCUACCAGGUAAUCAUGGAACUCACCAGACUGGAACCACUGCAAAUCAUGGUAACACUGACGUUGUUCACCACGAGAAGAAAAGAAUAAAGGAGAAGAUUAAAGAGAUGCUGCCGGGUCAUCACGAAUCCAACAAGACUUCUUUAGGUUCUACCACGACGGCCUAUGAUACCGGCACCGUUCACCACGAGAAGAAAGGCAUGAUGGAGAAGAUCAAAGAGAAGCUUCCGGGUGGUCAUCAUUAGUUUCAUUUUAAUCAACUUGUUUGCGUAUGUUAUAU